GACGAGGCGACGACGAAAGCGCGAACCUCUCUCGUCGACGUGAGCAGCGAGGCAGUAGGCAGAGACUGGAGUGGGGCAUCAUGGCGCCGCCUCGCAAGAACGCACUGGCGACAGAGUCAGGUUCAGCAACGCCGGCCCUGCCAUCACUCGCCGAGCAGUUGAGCUACGCAGACGAUCCCAGACCGUUCAAGAACCCACACUACAAGCCAAGCGCGCAGAGGAGGAACAAGUCGCUCAAGCAGAUGCUCGCUGCCGAACGGGACAGAUACACUCUCAAAGGCCAGAAGAAGGUACUGCCUGCUUCUACAUCGAUGGUAGUCAAGCUGGGCGGCAAGAAAGGAUCGAGUCAGCCUGAUACUGCUCGUAAUUCUCCAGACGAAGAAGCGGCGCGACUCGUCAGGACGGAGGAAUACAUAUCCUACAUGAACGUAGAGGCUCCACCGUCUGUCCUGCCAGCGAAAAAAUAUUGCGAUCUGACGGGUCUCGUCGCGCCGUACGUCGACCCGAGGAGUACUCUUCGCUACCACAAUGCAGAGUGCUACGAAGUACUCAAGACCUUUCCACAAAGCACAGACCAGUCUUACUUGGCAGUCCGGGGCAACAGCAGCAUCAUCAAAUGAGCAAAACGAAAAUGUAUACAUCAACAAGUGCUUGUUGUACAACAAGAAUUAAACACAGAGGCCGAAUCAUCAGAUCUCG